AUGAAAUUCAUAAUUUUGGUUAUCCUUCUGGUUUGCACUUUAGGUCAACAACCUGAAUUUUUAUAACAAGUAGCUUAAAAUAGUUUUGGUCGUCAAAUAUUGUAAACUAUUCAAUUAGAACUUACAUAAGAGUACUUGUCUAUCAUUAAUAUAUAUUAGAAAUGCUGCGAGAUAAAUUUAUACUAUGCUUAACAAACUUUUCUAUGAUUUAAGAGAUGAAGAUGCAAGAUCUAGUAAAGCUAAUGGAGAAAGAUAGGCUUAAUGUGCUGAUCAGUUUUCAUUAAUUAAUUAAAUUUAAGAGAAAGCUGUUGUAGCUAAAGCUGAUUAUGAAAGGUAAAUACCAGGAAAAUAAGAAGAAUUAACCAAUAAAUUGAGUUAAGUAGAAUAAAAGAAUGCUGAAAUUCAAAGAAAUGAUCAAUUAUAAAUAAAUUUAUCAGAACAAAGAAGAAAAGAUCAUUAAUUAUAUGAAUAAAAAAGAGAUGAAUUGAUUGGUUUAAUUAAUGGUUUAAAAUAAGCAUAACAAAUUAUUAGAUAACUAUAAACAUCACAUCCAGGAGGUGCUUUAGUUUAAUUAAAAGAUCAUCAUGAAUAAUUAUGUAAAUAUAAUAAAUUAUAUUUAUAUAGUGAAAAACUAUGCUUAGAAUUCAGAAUUUAAGAGUAUCACAUCAUUAUUAAUGGAAUUAUGUUCUGAUGCUAAAAUACAUUCAGAUAAUGAUAAUGUGUAAGUGAUUGUAGAUAUCAUUAAUGAUUUAAUUGAAAGCAUAUAUGAUGUAUAAAAGAGAGAAAUGUAUGCUGAAGAUUGGGCUGAGAAAUUCUUCUAAUAAGACUUGUAUCUAUUCUUUAUAUUUACUCUUUAGAAUUCGACUUUAAAAAGAAAAUGUUAGAUUAUCUGGCCAAAUUGCUGAUGACUAAGCUGCUGCUGAAUUUGCUUAAUAAAGAUUAGAAGAUCUUUAAUAAUAAGCACUUCUUUAAUAAAUAAUUUAUGACAACAAAGAAGUUGAAAGAAAAUCAUUUGAUGUUGCUUGUAAAGAAGAUAACAAUGCAGCUGAACAAGCUAGAGUUUCUAGAAAUGAAUAAAUCUAGAUUGUACUUUAAUUGUUGGAAUUGUUUGAAAAUAAUUUUAAUGAUAGAACUAGAGCAGCACUUAUGGAAAUUGUUGUGUGAU